AUGUGCGCCAACCUCGCUGAGGUUACCACAACCACCGACCCCAUGACACCGGAAGCUUUCCUAGAAAACGCCGCUACUGGGGCAGAAUGGAUGACGCUCGCACAGACCAACUUGCUCGAUCAACGCUUCAAUAAGCUUGCUAAGGGCCAACGUCGAACACAAUACAGCACGCAACAUUUCGACCGAUAUCGCGCUGGAUGGUUAGUGGCGACCGAGGAGGAGAAACGAGCGUACCGAAACGCUCAACUUCGAGGCCAACACUUGCGCAGACCUGGCGUACCUCUCGAUACUGCCGUCUUCAGGGAGAAUAUACAGACUUUGACCCAGCGUGGCCAUAUCGACGAGGAGUUGCAGCAUCAAGCUCUAUGGGUACAAGAUAUCCUCUCACAUCCCCUCCGCAAGUACGGUUUUCCAAUAGUCUGCACCACCGAUCUUCACGAAUAUCUCUCAGGAAGGCUUCGUCCGCUAGGCGAGGGUCGUGCCAAUGUAGCUCCUGCCGUCUUUGUCAACAACUUUAUCAAGUCCAAAAUCUUUAGCCCUUUUGGGACUUUCGACGCGACCGCUCGGUUGAGCCCAGGCAGGCUCGGAUACUGGGAAUACAGCUUACGUGCCGCAAGUGUAUAUCAAGUAUCUAGAAGUCCGAUGGAUCAUCUCGUCGAUGAUGGUGCCAGGACUCGCUUCAUGCAUCGUAUGGUACGCUAUGGCGGAAGUCUCGAACCAGAAGAGGACAUAGUGCAGGAGCAUAGGUCCGAACUUGACGAGCAGUAUCUUGUUGUCUUGGACUCGAGCUUAGUGCCACUUAUCGCCAAUGAUAAGGGGGCGUUGCGCAAGGAGGAGAGAUUGGAAUUCGAAAUCGUUGCAUGGCUGUACGAUGCGGAUUGGGAUCCCCCUUCCCUGUCUUUCCCUUUCCCGGAUUCCCCUGCGACCAGAACCUCGGACGACAUGGUAGUUGCAAACCCCACGAGAGACUCCGAUGGCUACGCCGGCCGGAUCAAGAUCUCUUUUGGUUAUCAUCUUUAUAUUGGCAUCUAUCCAUAUCUGGUGCAGCCAGGUUUCAACCUGAAGGAUAUCUGGGCGCUCCACCGAUCCGAAGAUUAUUCCGACGCCCGCCGCGGCACCAGCCAGUACAGCCCCUACGUCACAACCUUUGCCCCCGGCGGCGCCCUCAGCAUCCCUGUCAAGCCCGCCGGCGGCGUCAACAACAAGAUCAAGGCGUUUGACGUUAGCGAGCAAGAAGGCGGCUCGGGCACCUCGUACGCCACGCCCCAGGUGGCCGCCCUCGCCGCGUACCUGCGCGGGCUGCCCAGCCGCUUCAGCGACGAGCUCAAGGAGCCGGCCAUGGUCAAGCGCCUCACCCAGAUCCUGCACCGCCGCGUCCCCGUCAACGAGAUACGCGGCAAGCUGUACGACCGAGACAAGGUGCACCCAGUCAUCUGGAAUGGACACUACGGCAAGUCCAACUGCCUGCUCGAGAACAACGCCGACCCAAUCCCCGCGGGAGUCUGCCCGGACUUCCGGGACACCAUUCGCGAGACAGAGCCACCGGGCGGCCUGCCCACGUUUGCGCCCGACCCCAAAAUCUUUGUCGUCAUCUCCCUCAUCAGCUACUACUCCCUGCAAAUCCCCGGCGGCAGGCACGCCGUCGAGCCGCGCCAGGGCGGCGGCGGUGCCAUCUACGAGUACUGGGAGGUCUUUGCCCAGGACCUCGGCAAGCGCAUCAACAUCUGCGGCGCCAACGUCGCCCAGCAGGUCAGGCUAGACUCCAGCACCUACCCUCCACAGUUCACAGACUUUGACGCUCGCGGCUCGCGCUGCACCUAUUAA